AUGUCAAAACAACAACCACACCCUACCUCUGCCAACGAGAAGGACAUAAACACAAAUGAAGAGGUAACAAAUUCCUUUUCAAACGAUGAAAGAUCGGCUGUUUCAGCUAUAGUAAACCUAAAACAAAGUUGUAAUCAUCAAUUUAUCCCUUCAAAUGAAGAAGAUAGAAUACAUAUUCUAUCACUUAAAAGUGCCGCAGCUCAAGUUGUUAACAUUUUCGAAACUCUCAAAUCAGAAAAUGAUAACAGAAAAAGGGAAAAUGAUAGCAUUAAAGCAGAAAAUGAUAGUUUUAAAAAAACUAUCCAAAAUCUCUCACAAAGAUUAAACGCUCUGGAAAACCAAGCCUCGAACAGCCCAGCUAAGAUAAGAUCUAAAACAACAAAGAUAGUCAAAUCCUUAGCAGAAAAUGUCCAACCUAAUGAGGAAAAUACAACCUCCUCAGGCAAAUUCGACAUUUUAGCAGAAAAAUUAGCUGAUGAAGAAGAUAACAUGUCUGUCGAAGAAGAAAAUUCGUCAAGCCUAGAUUCUGAAGAGAAGAUAGUUAAGCAAGAGACCAGCUGGAUUACAGUGGACUACAACAAGAAAAAAACUAAGAAGAAACGAACAAAACCAACCUCCCCCUCCUCAACUUCCGAAGACGAGAUCUCUGAUCCGGAAUACAGAAGCAGGAGAAAAAUCUUCAAGAAGAUAAACAACCAGGCCUCCAAAAUAACCAAGGAAAAUGGACAAAUCAACAACUCCGGCUCCAAUAUAGAUAAGUCUUCUAAUUCAAAUAACUCU